CGAAAACAGAGAUACUAAACAAUUCUGACUAUGAGAGAGAGAGGAAGACUAAGAAUUUAUCAGGAACGUAGUCAGAAGUCAGCUGCAAAGUUCCUGAAAACGCCGUUAACAGAUUCAGACAGAGCACAUAGAGACACUUCUUCUUCUUCUUGCAUUUGCUUUCCCCUCUCCUAUCUCAAAAACUGUCUCUUCAUAUUUUUAGAGCUCUUUGCGUUAAAUAGGGCUUUUCAUCAGUCUAUAAUGGGCCUGAAAGAGCUUGUGACCCGAGUGGGGACAAUAAGGUGGUGGAACAGUGGUUCAAUUCCUCGGGUCGGACCUGAUGCUGACAUAUAUCUGAGCUGCCCAGUCCAAGCUGUGAGUAAUCUGUGUGGGUCAGGCGAAGGCUUGACUCAGGCGGAUUCUAAAGUCGGAGGGUAAUGCGUGAGGCUGGUUUCACAGAGCAGCGACUACUUCCCUCUUACAGCAGUGGAUGGAUCAUAGUUCGAAGUCUCUCAGAUCCACUAUGGCCCGCUGGUUCGAUCUCUCCUGGACCACCACUUUUUUUCACUUUCUUUUGAAAAAUUACCUAAAAAUUAUAAUAAUUUUUAUGCUACAUCAAGAUUUGGUGCAAAAAUAUAUAUUUCAAGGUACAAACAAAACUGGUUUCAAGAUUGUUUUGGAAAGUGUAAUUUAG